AAGAUCCCGCGUCACUUGUGGUGUUAGUAUGUAUCCCACGUUAAAUCAAAUCCUAUAGUAAUUUCAAUGAACUGGCUCUCUUGCUCAAUCUCCAAGCCGACAGCUUCUCCUGAUGAUAAAAUCCAAUGGUGUCCCUCCUCACUUACUUCAUCAGCCUGUUGCACCGAGACUGUUGGGAUUUAUUGGCAUUUGCUGGGGUUUUUUUCUGAUUAACUGCAAGUAGGGAUCGUCCUUGUCGACGUGGUUUUUUACUUCAAAAAAGUUAGAUAUAAAAGGAAUUGCAGACUGUUCCGCAGGUGAAUUGUGUGGAAAAUACACGCACUAAGAUGUUCUCUGUAGUUGCUGCUGUGUCUCUGUGCAUCAGCGCAGGUGUGCUGGUCCGGGGUGCUCCCUGUGAGCCUAUCAAGAUACCUAUGUGCAAGAGCAUGCCUUGGAACAUCACUAGAAUGCCCAACCAUCUCCAUCACAGUACCCAGGAGAAUGCCAUCUUGGCUAUUGAGCAGUACGAAGAGUUGGUGAAUAUCGACUGUAGUUCAGUGCUGCGAUUCUUCCUCUGUGCCAUGUACGCACCGAUCUGCACCCUUGAAUUCCUUCACGACCCCAUCAAACCCUGCAAGUCUGUGUGCCAGAGAGCCCGCGAUGGUUGCGAGCCCAUCUUGCGGAGGUACAACCACAGCUGGCCGGAAAGCCUGGCGUGUGACGACUUACCUGUGUAUGACAGGGGGGUCUGCAUCUCUCCAGAGGCGAUUGUCACCGAUUUACCUGAAGAUGUGAAGUGGCUGGACUUUUCAAGGGACAUGAUGCUCCAUGAAAGACAACAAGCGUCUGACUGCAAAAGCUGGAGUUCAGAUAGCUGCAAAUGCAGAAAAAUGAAGCCAACGUUAACAACUUAUCUUGAAAAGAAAUACAGCUAUGUUAUCCAUGCUAAAGUUAAAGGAGUAAGUAGAAGUGGCUGCAAUGAAAUAACAACCGUGGUGGAGGUUAAAGAGACGUUGAAGUCUUUAACUCCCAUCCCGAGUGCUCAUGUUCCUAUAAUCACCAACUCAUCCUGCCAGUGUCCACAGCUUUCCCCUAAUCAGGAUGUACUAAUCAUGUGCUACCAGUGGCGCUCACGGCUGAUGCUGCUGGAAGGCUGCUUUGUUGAAAGAUGGAAAGACCAACUAGUCAAGAGGUAUAAGCGAUGGGAACAAAGAUUACAGGACCAGCAGCUGCGUGUAAACCAUGAAAAGAACCAGAAUGCUGGCCGCAGUGGACUAAACCCAAAGACGUCAAGUUCAACCCCUGGGAGUCCAAAGAAAACAGGAAAAAACAAGAACACUCAGAGAGAUGCAAGAUCCAAGAAACCAUAAGUGUUAGUGAAGUUGUGAAACGUGUGACGUCCUUGCAUGACGAGGGUUGGACAGAUCCCUUCGCUGUCCUCAUAUACUAUUCUUGCAGCAUAUGACAUCACAUUAUAACUAGUGCCAAUGGUUUUGCACUAAACGUGUGGUUAUCAUUUAUCAAGCUUACUCACAUUUCAUAAUUAUCACAAUGUGUGCUCUCCAAUAUUCCCUGCUGACAGCAUCUGGUUAUGCCUUUUGUGACAGUGUGUGCCAAAAAUAGCUAAUUAUGAUGUUUUCAAAUAUCUUUUUUUUUUUUUGGUUUACACUUUUUGAGAAAUGUUCCUUUUUUAGAAUGUGUAUGUACUUCAGACUGGCUUCUGUUGUUUUCUUCUUAUUUAAAAGUUCUCUGUAUGAAAAAAAAGGUGUUCCUUAGGGACUCGCAAAAUAACUUGACAGUGUUGAGAAUUCCCCAGCUUGGACUUAAUCCCUGUCCUUUAAUUUUGGCUAAUUGGAAGCUGUUUUAUUAGUAAAUGAUGUGACCCAUAUGCAGGCCAUAUGCAAUGCCAAAAUUAACCUCAAGCUAAUUCAACAAUAAAAGUAGCACUCAGAAGAGCUGUUGGGUUGCUUAGAUGCUUUUUCAAAUACUAACAAACAGUACUGGAUAUUUUUCAGUUUUUUUUGCCAGGACAAUAUAUGGCGAAUCUAGUUAGAAUUUGGACACAUGGCUACUUUUCAUAACAGUUUUUAAAGAUAAAUUGCCCCAUACAGAGCAAAAGAUAAUUGAAUGAGGCAUUAAAACCUCUUAGGUGUUUCAUGUAAAAAAUAUUAUCAGUAUAAAAAAAACAGUCUGAAAAAAGCUUUUAUGUUGAUGGUGUCACUUAAACCCUUCUUUUACUGGAAGUGGUACCAGAAGUAUAGUAGCUUGAAUGGUAAGCAGGUAUACAGGAAAGGGAAACUUGAGUCCAUAAUGUUCUACUGAUAAUUGGACAAUAUAAACACUGUUGACUGGCAGGGUAUGCUUUCUGAUAAAAUAAAAAAAAAAUGGAAUACUAGUAAAUAAAAAGAAAAAGUUUAAUAAAAAAUGGAGGUUCAUAUUCAACAGGUUCACUGAUCACUUAUGGAAGUAAGACCUGGAUUAAAUCAAAAUGAUAGUGCUACUUUGAAGCUGUAAUGAAUGUACAUACAAGGAAUUUUGAUUUAUUUCAGGCAUAAUAAGUAAGUGAAUCUCAGGUUCACCUAUUUUUCUUUUUCUUUUUAAAGCAGGCUUAAUUGCAUGCCUCAGUGCUGUUUUUAAUUUUAAUUGAACAAAACUGCUGGUACAGCUUUUUAAAAGUUUACGUCACAUCAUUUUUUAAACAGAUGGUUGUUUUCGUAAACACAGACAAUAGAAUUUUUUAAUUCUUGUCUACACCACAAUGUGCAGCAUUCCCUCAUUUUCAAAGUUCAACAUUCCUGUUACAGAAAUAAAAUAUAU